UCCCUCCCUCCAAAGGUGACCGGGGAGUCGCGCUCCGUGCUCGUUAUUUACCGUCCCGAAGUUGAAGCGGAACCUGCGUGACGCACAUCAGCUGAUCUGAUGGGGGUUCUCUGCUCGGCGUGCAGCUCCGUUCUCCACCCUCCCCUCUGCAGGUGAAUCCUCCUCACAUGUUAGUCUCCGCGCCGCUGCGCUCGUCUUCGCCGUGGCUCCGUCUUGAUCCAAAGUCAUGUUCCCCCUGAAGCUCAGAUGUUGGUGAAACGACGCGCAUGCGUCCAUUUGUUUUGGAAUACUGAUUUGGCAGCCUAAGUUGCGUUCCUGAGACCAGAGUUGCCAGCGAUGUGGAUUACAGUCUGCGGCGUGUCUCUGCUCAUCACUGUGGUCUGCGGUGCGCAAAGCGCAAACGAACCCAGCAACAUGUCCUUCGUGAAAGCCACCGUUGACAACUUGCUGAAGGGCUAUGACAUCCGUCUGCGGCCUGAUUUUGGAGGAGCUCCGGUGGACGUGGGGAUGAGGAUAGACAUCGCCAGCAUUGAUAUGGUGUCUGAAGUCAACAUGGACUACACCAUCACCAUGUAUUUCCAGCAAUCCUGGAGAGAUAAGCGCCUCUCCUACACAGGCAUUCCCCUAAACCUGACCCUGGACAACCGGGUGGCAGACCAGCUCUGGGUCCCCGACACCUAUUUCAUUAAUGACAAGAAGUCUUUUGUCCAUGGGGUGACGGUCAAGAACAGGAUGAUCAGACUGCACCCUGAUGGAACGGUGCUCUACGGCCUCAGGAUCACCACGACAGCUGCCUGCAUGAUGGACCUACGCAGAUACCCGCUGGACGAGCAGAACUGCACCUUGGAGAUCGAGAGCUAUGGAUACACCACAGACGACAUUGAGUUCUACUGGCAGGGAGGAAGUAACGCCGGGUCAGUCACUGGUGUGGAGAACAUCGAGCUGCCCCAGUUCUCCAUCAUCGAUUACCAAACCCUCUCAAAGAAAGCCGUGUUUGCCACAGGUUCGUAUCCACGUCUAUCGCUGAGUUUCAAGCUCAAGAGGAAUAUCGGCUAUUUCAUCCUGCAGACCUACAUGCCAUCCAUCCUGAUCACCAUCCUUUCCUGGGUCUCCUUCUGGAUAAACUACGACGCCUCAGCUGCCAGAGUGGCUUUAGGUAUAACCACUGUGCUGACCAUGACCACCAUCAACACUCACCUGAGGGAGACCCUGCCAAAGAUCCCCUACGUCAAGGCCAUUGACAUUUACCUCAUGGGCUGCUUCGUCUUCGUGUUUCUGGCCCUGCUGGAGUAUGCCUUUGUUAACUACAUCUUUUUCGGCCGCGGCCCUCAUCUACAGAAGAAGGCGGCGGAAAAGGCCGCCAAGUCCAACAACGAGAAUAAGAGCCGACUGGAGAGCAACAAAGUGCAGGUCGACGCUCACGGAAACAUCCUCCUGACGAACCUCCCCAGUGAGAUGGGGGGACCGGACAUGAUGGGCGCCCUCAACGAUCCUCGGGCCACCAUGUUCUCCUAUGACAGUGCCAGCAUACAGUACCGCAAGCCCAUGACGAGCCGCGACCUGUAUGGACGACCAGCCCUCGACCGGCCAAUCGGACACAAGAAGAGCCGCCUGCGGAGGAGGGCCUCGCAGCUCAAGGUCAAGAUCCCGGACCUCACGGACGUCAACGCCAUAGACAAGUGGUCCCGAGUCAUCUUCCCAAUCACGUUCACCUUUUUUAACCUGGUCUACUGGUUGUAUUAUGUCCACUAGGGCGGCGGUGUUGAGCAUGAGUGGUAGCAUUACUGCUGGUGUUUGGUUCUUUUUUUUAAGGAAAGCUUAAUCCUGUACAGUAAUGAAAGUACAAGAGUUCAGCCCAUUUGUAUAAAUCCUCUUUUGGAGCGAGUGGAUCUGGUCUUUACAGUGUAAAUACAAUUUAACAUAUAUAUAUAUAUAAAGGCAGAGAUAUAAUUUAUUUAAAAAAUGCUUUCACUGUGUAUAUACAGUUAGAUAUAGAGGGAAAAAAAUUGUGCUGAAGACAGUAAAGGUUCGGUAUUUACAGGUUCAAACAUGCCAAAAACCCAUUGGUGACUUUCACUUGGUCCUCUUUUUCUUUUAGUCCUCUUUUUGCAUAUUAAUGGAAGACAACUUGUGUUUGCUUAUAAUGCAAAACAACCACAAAAAGAUCAAACGAUGCAAAAACAGGAGGUGACUCAAACAGGUGCCACCUUUUAGUGAAGCUCAUGGAGCAAACACAUCAAUUAAGCUCUGUCAAUAAGAUUGUGCUGGGAAGACGAGGGAUGAAACAUAACACUGAAAAAAAACAGAUUACAGACUCCACCCUAAUGGUUAGAGAGCAGGACACGUGUUCUGGAGAUGCUGCAAGGUUCUAGGUUCAAAUCUUACUCUGGGUCCUUAUACAAGACCUCUAGUCCCAGACUGAUCCUGGAUGCUGCUCAUGGGCAGAUGGGUUAAAUGCAGAGAACAAAUUUUAUUAGAAUGUAGACCACAAAGAAAGGUAAUAUUAAUUAUUAUUAUUAAAUCCAUCCACCCCUCUGUCUUUUUAUUGACCCAAGGUGUUCCCAAGCAGAAAUUACAUGUAAUCUCUACUCAGUUCUAUGCCUGACGAUCAGAGACCCCUCUCAGAGGAAAACCUUCAAACCGAGGCCUCCUGAUUAGAUGCUAGAUUCUUGUAGAUAGGACCUUUUUCUUUUGGUCCUGAUCCAUAACUCAGGACCAUAGGUGAGGGUUGGAACAUAAUUGGGCCAGUAAAUCUAGAGCUCAAUCCUUCUUCACAACGAUAGACUGGAGCAAUCUGCUCAUUACUCCAGGCAUAGCCUGAUCCAUCUGUUCAUCUCCUCCACCCUGCCGUCACUCAGGAGAAAACACCAAGAUACUUGAACUCUUGUGAGCCAGAUUAUGAUGCUGGGAAUCGGCACGUAUUUGUCUCUAGCUCGGCCUGCUGCCCAGCUCCCAACCUUUACUGUUCUGGGCCCCAGAAACCGAGGGUUUUCCACCAGGCACUUCAAAGGAUACCUUUUCUAGAGUCACUUUAGGUCCGACUCCUCGCCUGAGUCCGCUUUGUCACCGGGGGGACCCACCAUGGGGCCUCGGCACAGGAUCCUUAAGUUACUAAACCCCUCCACCACGCUAAAGCGGGGAUUCAGCCGAGCAGAUUUUGUUCUUGAACAAAACUGAGCUCACACCAGUAGCUGAGUCCU